AACUUCUACAUCGGCGCCUACCAGGCCGCCAUCAAUGAGGCGCAGCGGGCUAAGCCGGGCAGCCCCGAGAAGGAGCUGGAGCGGGACGUGUUCCUGUUCCGAGCCUACCUCGCCCAGAGGAAGUUUGGAGUGGUGCUGGAUGAGAUCCAGGCCGGUGCCAGCCCCGAGCUGCAGGCUGUCAGGAUGUUUGCAGAGUUCCUGGCCAACGAGAGCCAGAGGGACUCCAUCGUGGCAGAGCUGGACAAGAAGAUGGCCAAGAGUGUGGAUGUGACCAACUGCACCUUCCUGCUGAUGGCAGCUUCCAUCUACCUGCACUCGCAGAACCCCGACGCUGCGCUGCGGGCCCUGCACCAGGGGGACAGCCUGGAGUGCUUGGCCAUGAUGGUCCAGAUCCUGCUGAAGCUCGACAGGCUCGACCUGGCCAGGAAGGAGCUGAAGAAAAUGCAGGAGCAGGAUGAGGAUGCGACCCUGACCCAGCUGGCCACAGCCUGGGUGAACCUGGCCUUGGGCGGGGAGAAGCUGCAGGACGCCUUCUACACCUUCCAGGAGCUGGCCGAGCGCUGCUCGCCCUCGCUGCCGCUGCUCAACGGCCAGGCCGCGGCUGCCAUGGGCCAGGGCCGCUGGGACGAGGCCGAGGGGCUGCUGCAGGAGGCUCUGGACAAGGACAGCAGCCACCCUGAGACCCUGCUGAACCUGGUGGUGCUGUCCCAGCACCUGGGCAAGGCCCCCGAGGUUAUUCCCGGCUUGUUCCGCGCCUUCCUCUGGCGCUGCAUCCCUGAGGAUGGAGCGUCCCUGAGCACGGCAGAGCCUCCCCCUCUCCAUUUCCCCCCGCCCCAUCCCCCUGCACCCAUCCCUGCGUCCCCUCAAGGUUGA